AUGCGCCCCGGACCCCAGGCCCUGGCUGCGCAGGCCGUCAAGAUCGAGCCGCAGGUCGAGGUGAUCCCUGACAUCAAGAUCGACCUGUUCGGCGCGGUGUCUGCGGUGUCGCCCGACGAGGCACAGGCCGGCGUGUUCAAGAACGUGGACGGUCACCGCAAUGAGGACGGGCGCUACGCCGCGUUUACGGCCGAGAUCAGCUCGUUUGUGCCCAAGGAGCGGCAGUACACCGACCCGGUGCGCACGCUGGCGUACGGCACGGACGCGAGCUUCUACCGCCUCAACCCCAAGAUGGUCGUCAAGGUGCACAACGAGGCGGAGAUCCGCCGCAUUCUGCCGAUUGCCAAGAAGCACGGCGUGCCCAUCACGUUCCGCGCGGCGGGCACCAGCCUGAGCGGCCAGGCGAUCACGGACAGCGUGCUCCUGAAGCUCAGCCACACGGGCAAGAACUUCCGCAACUUCACCAUCCACGGCGACGGCAGCAGCAUCACCGUGGAGCCGGGGCUGAUCCUGGGGGAGGUGAACAAGCUGCUGGCCGCCCACCAGAAGAGGGGCGGCCACCCCAUCCAGUACAAGAUGGGGCCGGACCCCUCCUCCAUCGACAGCUGCAUGAUCGGCGGCGUGGUGUCGAACAACAGCAGCGGCAUGUGCUGCGGCGUGAGCCAGAACACCUACCACACGCUUAAGGACAUGCGCGUGGUGUUUGCGGACGGCACGGUGCUGGACACCUCUGACGCAGUCAGCCGGGAGUCGUUCCUGCGGUCCCACCGGUCGCUGUGCGAGGGCGUGUCUGCGCUGGCGCGGCGCGUGCAGGCGGACCGGGAGCUGACUAACCUCAUCCGCCGCAAGUUUGCGAUCAAAUGCACCACAGGCUACAGCCUGAACGCGCUGGUGGACUUCAGCGCCGACGACCCCGUCGAGAUGAUCAAGCACCUCAUGAUCGGCAGCGAGGGCACCCUGGGCAUUGGGAGGGCUCUCUGA